UUCUUGCUAUAUAUAGGUUUAAUGUCUUCAACAUUUAUAUGCUACAUGUUAAAAAGACAAAAGAGUUUUUAGUUUCCUGAAAAAACACUAGGGUUUGGUUCAAUUUUUGAUGACAUGAAAUAAAACAAAAACAUAUUCUUGAAUUUUCUAUUGUGAAGACAACACUAUGUUUGGAGGUGCAAUUUUGAGGACUUUUAGCUUUACCGAAGCAGCAAAAUCUUCAAUGCAUAAGCGUUCUACUAGUGAUCUAAUUCAGAAAAAUAGUGAAAAUUACAAACCAAAUAGCAUCUUUGAAGGUUCUCAUCCCCCAAAACUGGAGAAAAUGGCAGAAGAGGACUAUGUUAAAACCAAGAAGGCACAUUCUUCCAACAUAGAAGCUCAAGAAUCUCAUAGCGAUGAAAUUUUAGCACUCCAGGGCAGAUUACGGAAUCAGAUCGCGAUGCGCAAAACAUUGGAGAAGGCAAUGAACAAUAACGAUUUCUCCAAUGAUACUAAGACCGAUAAGUCAAUUCCCAAGGUUGCCAAGGAACUGAUAAAGGAUAUUGCAGUGUUAGAGCUGGAAGUUGCGCAUUUGGAAAAAUAUCUUCUCUCAUUGUAUAGAAAAACUUAUGAUCAGAAAAUGUCAUCUCGAUCUAACAUAGAUGAGAGAAGCAAAAUGAUAUCAAGCAUGCAAAAUAGGGUGUUUCAAGAAGCAUCUGCAGGGCAAGAUAACAUGAUAAGUAAACACAGUUCAAUUAGUCAGUCGAGCCAUAUUGCUGGUCAGCCGCAAAAUGAUAGAGGAGAUCAACCUAAGCAAUUCAAUGGAAAUUGGGGGCCAGAAAACAUGUUAGAUUCUACUAUCCACCAAUGUCACUCCUCGACAUCUCAGCGUUCAGUUGGACCAUUUCUUCCUAUGAACUCUAUGGCUAGUGCUGUAGAUACGGGCCAUUCCCUUCCAUUGUCAAUGCUGGAGAAAGCUCAGACUAAUCAUUCAACAGUCAGUCUGGCGGAUCAUCUUGGAAACUCUAUUCAUGACUAUACCGUAGAGACGCCAAAUUCGCUCUCAGAGGAGAUGAUCAGGUGCAUCUCAUCCAUUUAUUUUGAAUUAGCAGAUCCACCAUUGGUAGAUAAUCCCGACUUUCCUCCCUCUCCUGCGUCAAUCUCUUCAUCACCGAUUGAGUUUCCUGCAUACGCCCGGACUGAUAUGUGGAGCCCUCAGCAUGUGAGUUUUUCAUCGUAUUGUUCAUCUCCAGACAAUCCUUUCCGCAAUGGUCAUUCCAAGGAGUUUGGUGGACCAUACUGCAGAAUGACAAAGGUGGAACGGCUUUGUAGCGACAAUCAGAAGUUAAAAGAUAUACAGACCAAGUUACAAGAUUUUAGGUUGCUAGUCACCCAAUUGGAAGAUGUUGAUCCGAGAAAGUUGAGACGCGAGGAGAAGUUAGCAUUUUGGAUCAAUGUACACAAUGCACUAAUUAUGCAUGCAUAUUUGGCAUAUGGGAUUCCAAGAAACAAUGUGAAAAGAAUGUCUUUAGUGCUUAAGGCAGCUUAUAUUGUGGGAGGUCGCAACGUUAACAUAGAAAUGAUUCAGAAUUUAAUCCUGGGAUGUCGAUUGCCUCGACCUGGACAAUGGCUGCACAAGUUGUUUCCUAUAAAGACAAAAUUCAGAGUUGGAGAUCCAAGGAAAGCCUAUUCUAUGGAUUACUCUGAACCUCGCUUACAUUUUGCGCUUUCUGCAGGAAGCUCUUCUGAUCCCGCGGUCCGAGUAUACACUCCGAAUAGUGUAUUUGAGGAUCUCGAAGGUGCAAAAGAAGAGUAUAUUCAAUCAACACUAUUUUUACACAAAGAUAAGAAGCUUCAUCUACCAAAGCUUGUGGAAUCGUUUGCGAAAGACUCGGAUCUUUGCUCUGCUGGUUUAGUGGACAUGAUAGAGCAUUUACUGCCUAAUUCCUGGAGGAAAAGCAUUCAGCAAUGUCAACACAGAAAAUCCAGCAAGUCUCUAGAGUGGACUCCUCAUAACUUCAGUUUCCGGUAUCUGUUUUCGAAAGAUUUAGCCUGGUAGUAUUGAGAUUGUUUUAUUUGUUAGUUCUGGUUGCAGGAUAAUGUGGACUGACAGAAGAAUCAUAGGAUGAUGAUCAAACAGGCUGAAAAAUCAUUGAAAAUAAUUCAAUCAAAGUGUUGAUGGGAUUUGCUUGUUUGAUCAUCAUUCAUAGAACAGCAUAAAUUGUUGCUUGUGAUUCUGUUGUCAUUCUAAAUUUUCUUGCAUAAAGUUUUCAUGUAAAUAUAAUUAGAAUUGUUGUGUAAAAGUAUCAUUUUGAUAUGAACAUCUCUCACUAGUGUUUGAUGUUUUUCUAAAUGGGAAGUUUCUUAGAAA